AUGAUAGCUUCUGAGGGAGAAAUCAAAUUAAGAUCAGAAGACAGCCUAGAUAUAAUCAAGAAGAUGAUCUUAACAGAUUUUAAGGGCUAUUUUCAUAAAGCUGGAGUAUCUUGGGCUUCCAGACAGACUGACCGCAGGAUGUCCAGCCAGGUGGAGAGGAGAGUUUCUGAGCAGGCCGACCGCAGAAUGUCCAGCCAGGCCGAGAGAAGAGCUUCUGAGCAGACUGAUCGCAGGAUGUCCAGCCAGGCUGAAAGGACGUCUGAACAGAUUGAUGAUAAAUUGCCCAUGCCAUCUGACCAGGGAGCUUCUGAACAGACUGACCGCAGAAUGUCAGGCCAGGUUGAGAGAAGAACUCCUGAGCAGACUGACCAAAGAUCGUCUGGCCUGGCUAACCAAGGAACUUCUGAACAGGUUGACCUCAGAUUGUCUGGCCUGGUUGACCAUAAACCAUCUGUAAAGACUCACCACCCAGUGUAUGGCCAAGGCCCCAAACUACCUGAACGCCAGGCUGAUCAACUUCCAGGUAACGAGGCUGGCUCCAGUGAAGCUGACCAGGUUCACUUAGUAGAAAAACAAGAUGAUUACAAAGAAGACCACCUAUCUUACUAUGGCACACUUGGCGAGUCUGAGGACAGCGAGAUGGACAAAGGGGCUGACUACAGAGUACAACCCUGCAAAUUUGAGCACAGUCAAAUAGACCUCAAUUCCAAGCUUCCACAUGAAGUAGAAAAUGAAACUGAAAGUGUAACCAUCACCCAGGCCUACAACCCAGUUGAUGCCAAAUCCACCAGUAAUUUCCAAGCAAAAGGCCAAGGCUUUUUCCAAAGAUUGCCCUCCAUCUCAUCUACAUUGGACUAUAUCACUGGAAAAGAAAAAACUCAAGCCACAGAAACCAACCUGGAUGAUUUUCCAGAAUUUGAGCCAGGAAAAAGAUCUUAUGGAUACAAUCAAAUUUAUAAUAGGAGGUUCCCUUCUGUAGUAUAUGAAGAUCCUUAUGAAGUUUCAGUCCGAUACAUGGAAAAACAUCGCAUUCUGCAAAUAUUCCAGAUCACCGAAAACUUAGUCUAUGAAAAGCCAGAGGACCCCCUGAAUUUUAUGCUGUGCCAGACCAUGUGUGAACUUUAG